AUGACUUGUGCAUAUAUGUAUCCUACAUGUGAGAUUGCUAUUGGAGAUAUGAUUUUAUAUGUUGAUUUGUUGCCUCUGAAUCUUGAUCAUUUUGAUGUAAUUUUAGGGAUGGAUUGUUUAACGAAAUAUCAUGCCACUAUCGAUUCUAAUGUGGACAAUAUUCCUAUAGUCAGAGAAUCCCCAUAUGUUUUUCUACAUGAUUUGCUAAGGGAUUUGAUUGACAGGGAAAUUGAGUUCACUAUUGAGGUGAUACUGGGUACACAGUCAAUUUCUAAAACCCCAUACCUGAUGUCCACUACUAAACUGAAAGAGCUGAAAAUUCAAUUACAAGAGCUGUUGGACAAGAAGUUUAUCAAACCUAGUACAUCACUGUGGGGCGCUCCAGUCUUAUUUGUGAAAAAGAAGGCUGGUUCAUUAAGGCUUUGA